CACAAUUACAUUUUUGUCAGAUGUGAUCCCCACAGUGGUACAUGUGUUUGCUUGAAUUUGUAUGUGCAACAUUAUGGCAUAACAGUUUGAAAUGCACUUCAUACAACAGUCUGAAGGCGGUAUGUAAUGUAUUAUUAAUGCUGCGCUUAUGUUUAUUCUCACAGAAAAAUUAUACCCUGUCAUGUCAGUUCUAUGAUGUGAAUGCUGCACUCGGUAUGUAGAAUUUUGCCAAGCGCCUUAAUGUUGAAGGUUGUUAUUAAUCGGAUAACAGUGAGGAGAACCAACAGUGAUAAGAAAACCCUUUUAAGUAAUUUAGUCUAAAUAUUUUAAUAAAUAAAUCAAAUAAUCAAUUCAUUAAUAAUAAUCAAUCGAUUCACUCACUCACAGACAGUUGUUGUGUCUGCAUUCAUGCAAGAUUAUUAGGGUGAACCACAGCAGCUCAAGAACAUCACAGAAACCCUACUGACUCCACUCAUAUCCGUCCUAUUAACAUCCUAUUAACAAACUAAGUUAAAGCAUCCUUUGUUGAUACGUGUCUACUUCUUAAGCACAGACUACAACAUGGUUAAAACUAAUCACAGGUUUUUAUUAUGUCCCAAAUAGGGCAGGAGUGGAAUGACAUGGGGUCUUACACAGAUCUCGAUAACUUUAACAACAGCAACACUGUAAACUGCUCAUAUGAUCACAUGACCCCCUUCGCGGUACUUCUGGUCGAUAUGAAUUUGGCACGAAUUAACCAAGUGCAUUGGACAAUCCUGUCCUACAUCAGUUAUAUAGGUUGCAGCCUUUCUGGACUUUUUUCAGCAGCCAACAUCUUCCUCUUCAUUUUCAUGAAGAGCUCAUACAAAGACAAUUCCCUCCGCAUCCAUGUGUCUUUGAGCGCAGCCCUUUUCCUCCUCAACGCCAGUUUCUUGUUCAGCGAAUGGGGAGCCUCGUGGUCUGAAAACAGUGUGUGCGUCUUAAUAGCAGUGAUAAUACAGUUCAGUCUGCUGUCCUGUUUCUCCUGGAUGGCCGUUGAAGCCCUACACUUGUACUUGCUUUUAAUCAAAGUGUUUAACACCCACAUUAAGCACUACAUGGUCAAGCUGUCCCUGUUUGGAUGGGGAUUGCCUGCUGUCAUUAUUGUAGGAAGUCUGUGUGUGUAUGGGAGUAAGCCUUUUUAUGGCAUGACAAAUAUAGAAUUAUCUGACAGUAAUACUCAUAUCUGCUGGAUUACUGACAGUUUCUUCCUGUAUGGCACGAACGUCACCUUCUUCUCCUUAACGUUCCUGUUCAACUUGUCCAUUCUGGUGGCAGUGACGCAACAGAUCUUUAAACUGCAAAGACUAAACUUUAGAGGCAGAAAACUUCCAUCUCGUAAGGACAUUUGCACAGUCCUGGGCCUGACCAUCCUGCUGGGAAUGACAUGGGGUUUUGCUUUCUUCACCUCAGGAUACACAAACUACCCCAUUCUUUAUCUUUUCUGUAUCUGCAACAGUCUGCAAGGAUUUUUUAUCUUCGUGUGGUUCUGUGGUAUAUUGAAGCGGAACAUGAGUCCCAUGGCAAAAACCUCAACUAUGUCCGAGUCAACCAGUUCUGAAGUCAAGACCAGUAAAGGAAGCUUUACCAAAUGAUUGGUUAUUAUGCAUCAUUCAGUGGUUAUAGUGUUAUCAUAUUUUUAUGUUUUUGUUAUGACAGUUUGACAUUUGUGUUGGGGGAGCAAACCUUUUAACUGAUGUCAGCACAUAGUUCAGCUACUACGUGGCAUGUUAUGUAUAUACAGUGACAAGCUUUUUAAGCCAAACAACACACAGUGCGUCAAACCAAAAUGUGUUCACAUUGUGCCAUAUCACACACACACACAGCCGUACUCGUGUGGAAGUAAACACCUUGUUGUGUCCUAUUGUUUAAAAUCAAUACCUUUUUGAGUACCCAGGUCACAUGUCACAUUAGGUCAAUCCCAAUGUACCAUGUGGCAUGACAUGAUGAAUGCUUAAAAGAUUAAUACAUUAGACAAUGAGUGAUUAAAAAUGAAUUCAGCACAAAACCAAACAUUAAAGUUUUUUUUUUAAUAACCAUUUUCAGCUUUGCAAAACAGACCACUUGAGCAAGUCUAAACUGGAUUUUGACUCCAUAAAAGGCUGAUGAAUAGGAAUCCAAAUGUUUUUAAAAAGCUAAGGGCUUUAAAACCAAACAGAUACAACCAAGAUUUAUGAACUUUACAGACAUGGAAGUGAGAAAAACACCAGGCAGAGAGCCACUAGAUUCUGUACAGAGAAUGUCACUAGUGGCCUCUAGCGGACAAUAUUGGUACUGCUCCACAGAAGAGCUGU